AUGAGUAAACAAAUUGUUUUAGAAAAUUAAAAUGAGUUUAAUUGUUAAAACAAUCAUAACUAAUAAAUAAAAUUAGUUGUUCUUGAUCCAAAUUUACAAAAAAAUAAAAGAUUGAUUUGUAAUCUAUGCUUGGAAAAUUUUUAAUCAAAUUACCCUACUAUGGGAUUUUAGAAAAUGAUAUAAAUUAUAAAUGAUUUAUAAAAACAAAAAAUGGAGGAAUUAGAAAAUAAAACCACAUUAAAUAUUAAAUAAUUAGAAAAAUGUGUAAAAUUGACUUAAGAAUUACGGAUGUAAUUUAAUAGACUUUUUGAUUCGCUUAUCAGAAUAGCUGAAGAUUGGAGUAAAGAUUUAGAAUUAUAAAUAAAAGAAUGUUAUUAAUACAAAUUUGAAGAUGAAUUAGAUGAUUAUAUUAAAAAACAAAAUAAUAGUUAAAUUGCAAAUAUAAAACUUAUUAAAAAUAUUAAUAGAUCUUGGAUGAAUAAAUUAUAUAAUAACUUAAAUUAAUAUAAUUAAAAUGAAGAUAAGAUUAACUUUAGAGAAUUAAAGAAAUAAUUCAUGAAAAUUAUAAAUUAAAAGGAAUCACAAGAAGAUGAAAUCAAAUUAAAUUUAAUUGAUUAAUCUGUUAAAUAAAGUAUAAAAUGCAAUGCAAUAUCUUUUGAUUCUUCUGGAUAAUAUAUGAUAUCAACUGAAUAUCAAAAUAUAAAAGUAUGGACUUUCAAAAAUGGAAAAAUUAAGUAUUUAUAGACUUUGUAUGGACAUAGUAAAUGGAUUUAGUGUUUAUUAUAUAGUAAGAAAUAAAAUUCCUUUAUUUCAGGUGCUGGAGACAAAACAAUUAGAUGUUGGAAAAAUAAGAACAUUAAUGAUUGGAUUAGUUCAGAACCCUAUAAAUAACAUACUGAUUGGGUAAUGUGUCUUGAAAUGAAUAAAAAUGAGGAUCUACUCUUUUCUGGAAGUAGUGAUUAUUCAAUAAAAGUAUGGAAGCUUGAUUUUAAUUAGAAUGAAUUAACAUAUCUUUAUUCAUUAAAUAACCAUAAAUAUUAUGUUAUUUCGAUCAGUUUAAAUUAAUUAGAGAAUUAAUUAGUAUCAUGUGCAUAAUUGAAGAAUUAGAUUAUUAUUUGGGAAAGAAAAGAAAAAAAUACUUAUGAAUUUAAAUAUGUUGUUAAAUAAUCAAUUUAUAAUUAUGGAUUAAAGGUUAGUUUUAUUACUGAAAAUUCAUUUAUUUGGAUAACAGGUGAUUAAGGUAAAGAUAUGAUAUAUUUUUUUGAAUUAAUUGAAGGUAUAUAUUAAGAGAUAUAACAUAAGUCAAUUCAAUUAACGAAUAAUAAUGAGGAUUAUGAUGAAUAUUUCUUUCCUAUAAUAUAUAAUAAAUAGAGGAACUUGAUAUUAGUAAGACAUAAAUCAUAAAUUUACUUAAUUAGAAAUAUUGAUAAUGGAAACUUUAAAAUAGUUCGUUAAUUGAAUUGUAAUACAUCAGAUAUUUAUGGGACAAUAACAGAUGAUGGACAAUAUUUGGUUUUUUGGGAUAGUAAAAAUAAUGGAUAUUCAAUUUAUGAAUUAUGA